CUUCACUCCAUCCACUCUCUACUCUUCUUCUACUCUUCGACCGACGAAAUCUCGUCUUCUUAUUCCGAUCCUAAGCGCCAAGGGGCGACUUUGAUGCGGGGAUGGAGGAACUCGGAGUGAGACGAAUCGGUCGGUGCCUCGCAUUUGUCUUUUCGUCCAAGAUUUCGAUCCCGGAUCGCUUCCCACUCUAAAUGCUUGCUUAGAACCCUAAAGGUUUGAUCUUUGCUCUUUUCCCUUGCUUGCUGGGAUGAGGGUUCCGUGUCUGAAUUUGGAGCAGGAUCGAGAGCGGACGAUGAUUUUCUCGUCGCCGUUCGUGAUCUCGUUCCUUCUGCUUGUCUCGGUGCCGGUGCUCUUCGUUUUGGCCCCGCGGAUCCUGCCGCCGAAGACGCUGCCGAGCAUUCCCGAUCGCGACGAGAUGGACGACCUCGCGCUCUUCCGCCGCACCACCCUCGCCUCCUCCGGCGCCGGCGGGGGCGGUGGGAUCCGCCGACGCACCGCGGCGCCGCCCAAGAUUGCGUUUAUGUUCCUCACCAACUCCGACCUCUCGUUCGCGCCCCUUUGGGAGCGGUUCUUCCGCGGCCACGAGCGGCUGUUCAAUGUGUAUGUCCACGCCGAUCCCUCCUCCCGCCUCCGGCUCGUACCGACGCCCUCCUUCAGCGGGCGAUUCAUCCCGGCUAAGGCCACGCAGCGAGCGUCCCCGACGCUCAUCUCCGCGGCGCGCCGCCUCCUUGCCGCUGCGCUUCUUGACGACCCGGCUAACGCUUUCUUCGCCCUCCUCUCCCAACAUUGCGUCCCCCUCCACUCCUUCCGCUUCACCUACGACGCCGUCCUUGCGGACUCCGGUGCUCCGCCGGCCGCCCAUGGCGAUGCGGUCCUCCGCCACCGAUACCGAAGCUUCAUCGAGAUCCUCGCUGGCGAACCCGGGCUGUGGGAUCGCUACAUCGCUCGUGGCGACAAUGCGAUGCUUCCUGAAGUGUCGUUCGACCAGUUCCGGGUUGGAUCUCAGUUUUUCAUCCUUGCAAGGCGGCACGCCACGAUGGUGGUCCGAGACCGCCGCCUCUGGAAGAAGUUCAAGAUGCCAUGCCUCAAAUCCAGAGAGGAUUCUUGCUACCCCGAGGAGCAUUACUUUCCAACGCUCCUUGAGAUGCAGGACCCCGAAGGGUGCUCUCGCUAUACCCUUACCAGAGUGAACUGGACUGAUAGCGUCGGUGGCCAUCCACACACCUACCGCCCACUGGAGAUCUCCAGUGAUCUAAUCAAGGAGUUGAGGAGGUCUAAUUCGACGUAUUCGUACCUCUUUGCACGGAAAUUCUCGCCAGACUGUCUUGACCCCCUGGUUGAGCUCGCGGACAGCGUUAUCUUUCGGGAUUGAGCGCUCUACAUCUGUCUGUGGUCUAUCGCUAAGGGAUUGGUGCUGAGGCAAAUGUAUGAGAGAUUGAUGAGAGUAAAUGGCUAAAGCUGAUCCAUCUUUUUCCUCUUCAUUUGUGAACACCCAUCUUCAUCACCUGGCAGUGAUGCUUCUGGUUAGACUGAAGGAUGAAGAUGGCUUAUGACAGAAGUGUCAAGUGACUUUGGUGUGGGGGAGGAACCUCUGCCUCCUGACUUCACAAUGUGUGUAUUGAGUGUGGUUUAUCAUCUAAAUAUUGGAGUUGAAGAACAGCAGCAGAGUAAGCUUUUAGCCAAUGCAUCAACUUCAUUCUAAAUAGCAUUUUAGCUGGUCUUCAGGAAUUGUUGUAAGCUUGCCACCAUCUUUGCCAGCAGAACACUAUCACAUGUUCAAGGCUGUAUAAUGCUGCAUAAUGUGUGUGCAGUGGCUCAGAAUGCUUCAGAAUCUCAAGAUAAGAGUGGCACAGCAACAGCUGAGUCACAUGUAGUUGCAUGCAUAUUUUAGACAUAAUUAGUUGCAUGCAUGUCUUUUGAUUUAUUUCAGAAAAAACAAUUUGUAAUUUUUUUAAAUUUGGCAAAACAUCAAUUACCUAA